AUGGCAGCCGACCAGGGCAAUGCACGCAUGCAGGAAAUCGCAGGCUACAUUCGUGAAGGCGCUCAGGCCUAUCUGAACCGCCAGUACACCACCAUCGCCAUUGUUGGCGCAGUCGUCUUCGUCAUCACCUGGUUGUUGCUUGGCGCCACCGCGGCAAUCGGCUUUCUGAUCGGUGCGGUGCUUUCGGGUGCGGCAGGCUAUAUCGGCAUGCAUGUCUCGGUCCGGGCCAAUGUGCGUACGGCACAGGCCUCGGCCGUCAAUCUGGCCGGCGGCCUUGAUGUCGCCUUCAAGGCCGGCGCCAUCACCGGCAUGCUGGUGGCGGGUCUCGCGCUUCUGGGUGUGGCGGUCUACUACUACAUUCUCACCGGGCCGAUGGGCCUGGCAUCUGACAGCCGUCAGGUGAUCGAUGCGCUUGUUGCACUUGGCUUCGGCGCUUCGCUGAUAUCCAUCUUCGCUCGCCUCGGCGGCGGUAUCUUCACCAAGGGCGCUGACGUGGGCGGUGACCUGGUCGGCAAGGUCGAGGCCGGUAUUCCGGAAGACGACCCCCGCAACCCGGCGACCAUCGCCGACAAUGUCGGUGACAAUGUCGGUGACUGCGCCGGUAUGGCCGCCGACCUGUUUGAAACCUACGCGGUGACCGUUGUCGCCACCAUGGUUCUGGCGGCGAUCUUCUUCGGCGGCUCGGACGUGCUUGGUUCGGCCAUGCUCUAUCCGUUGGCCAUCUGCGGCGUGUCGAUCCUGACAUCAAUUGUCGGCACUUUCUUCGUCAAGCUCGGCCAGAACGGGUCGAUCAUGGGCGCUCUCUACAAGGGCCUGAUCGCCACCGGCCUGUUGUCCAUCGUCGGGCUCGGCGCCGCCACCUCGUUCACCAUCGGCUGGGACGAGAUCGCGGUGAUCGAUGGCAUGUCCAUCACCGGCACGGCACUGUUUGCCUGCGGCGUGAUCGGCCUGAUCGUGACCGCGCUUAUUGUGGUGAUCACCGAGUAUUAUACCGGCACCAACAAGCGUCCGGUCAACUCGAUCAGCCAGGCGUCGGGGCUUGCUGUUUCGCUUGAAUCGACCGCACUGCCUGCGAUCGUCAUUGUCGGCGGCAUCAUCUCGACCUACCAGCUUGCUGGUCUGUUCGGCACCGGCAUCGCCGUCACUGCCAUGCUCGGCAUUGCCGGCAUGAUCGUGGCGCUCGAUGCUUUCGGUCCGGUCACCGACAAUGCCGGCGGUAUUGCCGAAAUGUCGGGUCUUCCGCCGGAAGUCCGUCAGGCCACCGAUGCGCUCGACGCUGUCGGCAACACCACCAAGGCCGUCACCAAGGGCUACGCCAUCGGUUCUGCCGGUCUUGGUGCCCUGGUGCUGUUCGCGGCCUACUCGAACGACCUGAAGUUCUUUGCCGAAAGGGCGAAUGCCGAAGGCUCGACGCUGUAUCCUUACUUCAAGGACAUGGGCGAGAUCUCGUUCGAUCUGUCCAACCCCUAUGUGGUCGCCGGCCUGAUCUUCGGCGGUCUGAUCCCCUAUCUGUUCGGCGGCAUCGCCAUGACAGCUGUGGGACGUGCCGCGGGCUCGAUUGUGGAGGAAGUGCGGGCCCAGUUUGCGGCCAAGCCGGGCAUCAUGGCUGGUACGGAAAAGCCUGAUUACGGCCGCGCUGUCGACAUCCUGACCAAGGCCGCGAUCCGUGAAAUGAUUGUGCCCUCGCUGCUGCCGGUUCUGGCUCCGUUGUUCGUGUAUUUCGGCGUGCUGCUGAUUUCAGGGUCCAAGGCAUCCGCGUUCGCGGCUCUCGGCGCAUCGCUCUUGGGCGUGAUCGUCAAUGGCCUGUUCGUCGCCAUCUCGAUGACCUCGGGUGGUGGUGCCUGGGACAACGCCAAGAAGUCCUUUGAAGACGGUUUUGUCGACAAGGAUGGCAUCAAGCAUGAGAAGGGAUCUGAGGCUCACAAGGCGUCCGUGACCGGUGACACCGUCGGCGAUCCUUACAAGGAUACCGCUGGUCCGGCCGUCAACCCGGCCAUCAAGAUCACCAACAUCGUGGCUUUGCUGUUGCUGGCGGCUCUGGUUGAGAGGCAAUAUGCCGAACUCACCGGGGCUGCUCGAUCCGAGGUUUUUUACGAUGCGAUGGGUGUACCAGACACCGUCAUGGGCCGGUUUGAGAUGAUUUCGCUGCAUCUCUUCCUCUAUCUGCGCCGUACCGGAUCGGCAGGCGAGGCCGCCAGAGGUCUUGCGCAGGAACUCGUCGACGCGUUUUUCGAGGAUGUCGAUCACUCGAUCCGCGAACUUGGCAUAGGUGAUACUGGUGUUCCCAAGCGGAUGAAGAAGCUGGCCAAGAUGUUUUACGGUCGCGUGACAUCCUACAGUCAGGCGCUGGAUGCCGGUGAUGGGGAAGCCCUGAGGGGGGCGCUCAAGCGCAACAUCCAUCCCGAAAGCGGUGAUGAUGCCCCCUCCAUGCAGGCGCUUGCCGAUUGGGUGUUUGCAACAACGCAUUCACUUGAACAAGGAGGUGAUGUGAUGAGUGGUUCCGAAGAUCUGUUUUCAUACGAUGUCAAGGUCAGCCACGUAUCGGCCAAUCCGGUCACUGUGAAGAUCGCCGCUGAUGCCGUUGACCUCAAAAGGCUGGCGCAGCAAUGGCGCGUGCCGGAAGUACUGAGCUUUGAAGCGGUGCUGGAACUGGGCCGCUGGAAGCGGGACGGCGUACGGAUGAAAGGCCACGUCAGCUCCGCCAUCGUUCAGGAAUGCGUGGUCACCCUUGACCCCGUCACGCAGCAGAUUGAAGAGGACGUUGAAGCCGUCUUCCUGCCGGAAAAUUCACGUCUGGCGAAACGUACGCUUGAUAACAAUGGCGAAAUGUUUCUGGAUCCGGACGGGCCUGAUCUGCCUGAAGUCUUCAGCGGCGAUUCGAUCGAUGUCGGAGCCGUUAUUGCUGAGUUUGCGGCACUUUCCAUCGAUGCCUACCCACGCAAGCAAGGCCUUGAAUACACCGACCGGAUCGAAAGCGAUUCAUCAACGGACAAAAAACCGUCACCUUUUGCGGUUCUGCAAGGCCUCAAGGACGGCGAAUCCGACGGUUAG